AAUUUUCCACUGGCGUUUAGACAAUGAGAUCGAUGUGACUUGAUGCGAGCUUGAAGUUAUGACCAGGUGGAAAUUUUGUGUCCAUUCUUUAAGGAAGGCUCAAGGUCUCUUUGAUAAAUCUAGGCCACUGAGACAAAUGGUGCGCGUUAAGAUAGACUGGACAAUGGAGAGAAUGGAGGAGGUGCAAAGAAAGCUUCUAGACGCGGCUGUUGAAGGAAAUGUAACUUCCUUGCUUAUAUUGCUUCAGGAAGAUAAACUUUUUCUUGAUAGAUGUGCUGUUACAUGUCCAGCAGAGACGCCUCUGCACAUAGCUGCCAUGCUUGGACACUUGGAAUUCACGAGAGAAAUUCUUUGGCGAAAGCCUGAUUUGGUCAACGAGCUAGACUUGCAUAGAUCAUCUCCGCUUCAUUUGGCCACAGCAAAUGGCCACCUUGAAGUAGUAAGAGUAUUGUUAUUGGUGGACGCGGAUCUAUGCCUUGUUAAAGAUCGAAAUAGAUGGAACCCUCUUCAUGUUGCAGUGAUCAAAGGCCGAAUUGAUGUCUUGAAAGAGCUGGUCCAAGCCAAACCUGAUGCCAUUCGAACCAGAGGUCAGCGAGGCGAAACCAUCCUGCAUCUCUGUGUCAAACACUAUCAAUUGGAGGCAUUGAAAUUCUUGGUAGGGAUCACAAUUGCUGACACUGAAUUUGUAAAUUCAGAGGAUGAUGAUGGCUUCACUAUCCUACACCUAGCAGUAGCUGAUAGAGAAAUUGAGGUCAUAAAUUAUCUCAUCUCCGAAAGUCCAAUACAAGUAAACGCACUGAACGCAAAUGGCUUCACAGCUUUGGACAUUGUGUUAGCACAAGGCAGAAGAAACAUCAAAGAUAUAGACAUUCAAAACACUCUUAGAGAAGGUGGAGCUAUAAGUUCCAAGGAUAUGCCAUCAACAAUGCACGGAUUGGAUGCCAUCAGGCCCAAUAACUCCACAACUCUAAAUGAGAGGAAUUGUUGGAGGAAGAAAAACUGGCUGGAAGAAAGGAGAAAUGCAUUAAUGGUGGUUGCAUCACUAAUUGCAACCAUGGCUUUCCAAGCUGGAAUUAGUCCACCCAAUGGUAAUUGGCAGGAAGACCGACAACAACCACCAUCACAAUCACAUGAAGCUGGUCGGUCCAUAAUGGCUGAUAAAAUGCCAGAUGAUUUUGCAUUUUUUGUGGGGUACAACACUACAAGUUUUCUAGCAUCCAUUAGCGUGAUCAUAUUAUUGAUUAGUGGGCUACCAUUCAAAUGGAGGAUUUUCACGUGGAUUUUGAUGAUUAUCAUGUGGAUCGCAGUUAUAGCAACAAUCUGGACAUACUACAUCUCUAUAUCUUGUUUGUCUAGCCGUCGGGGUGAAAGUACUACAGCCAAAGCUGGCGCCGCUGUUGUAUUUUAUGGAGUGAUGGGCAUUGUUCUUAUAGGACAUUCCAUCCGUCUAAUACGCAAAAUUGUCACGUUUGCAAGAAGGUCAAGAGCAAGGAGAUUUUCACGAUCAACAACCAUAACUCACGCCAACAUUUAAUUUGUAUAAGCAGUUUUGUAUCAGGGAAUUAAUCUAUUAUUUUUCUUGGCCAACAUUGAGACUGAGUCAUAGAAAUAUUUUCUUGAUUCUAGCCUAAAUAUUAGUAUGUAUCAAUGAAAAGAUAAGCCUUUACACAUAUUUAUAACAUGGUAUCAAAGCAGAGAUACUACAUUCUACAAAAA